GUUAGCUUCCCUUUUCGUGGUUGAUGGUAUGUUGCUGACUAGAGACCACGACACAAAGAUCAAUGUUGAUCAUUUUGAUUGGGUUGAAGACUUUGAGAACUUCCAAAAAUAUCCUUGGGCACUCGAGUCUUAUAACCUUAUGGUUAGCAAUAUGAAGUCGUUGAUGCGUGGUCAACCGAACAAGUUUGAAGCUGCGUUAGCUAAGAAUCCUGGCUACAAGAACGCUAAGUUCACGGUUUGGUUUUUACUGCACGUGUUGCAGGUUUGGGCGUAUGAGAAAAUCCCUUGCGGGAAAAUGCGGCCAAAAAGUGAAAUCUGAACAAGCUAGCAUUUUGAAUUGGAAAGCUGUUGGGUAGUUAUAUGAUGGAGUAUAUGGGUCUAGGCCCC